CACCCACACCCCCCCCCCCCGGGAACCCCACUCGGUGCUUUCCGCGCGGGCUGUCCCGAGCGGAAGCGCCGUUCGCGCCUUCCCGCGGCCGCUCGGCUCUUUCCGCCUCCGCUCCGGGGCGCUUCGUUCGUUUCCGCGGUCGCUCGGCUCUUUCCGCGGGGGCCGGCGGCGCGCUCGGCCGUUCCCGCCGCCUGCUGGGCGCUCGGCGUUUUCCGUGAGCGCUCGGCGUUUUCCGUGCGGGCCGCGGCGCGCUCGGCGCUUGCUCCCUGGCUGGCGCUCCUCAGUCGGCCGCUGCCUGCCUGUCGCCGGGCUGGGAGCGCCUGUGUGUGUGUGAGUGACGCGGCGGAGGUGUAGUUUGACGCGGUGUGUUACGUGGGGGAGAGAAUAAAACUGCGGCGAGAUCCUAGGCGCGAACGAAAGCAGUGACGGAGCAGCCUGGUAACCGGUAACUAAAUGACCAUGGAAUCUGGAGCAGAGAACCAGCAGAGUGGAGAUGCAGCCGUUACAGAGGCAGAAACCCAACAGAUGACAGUACAGGCACAACCACAGAUUGCAACGUUAGCCCAGGUAUCUAUGCCAGCAGCUCACGCAACAUCUUCUGCACCCACGGUGACCUUAGUUCAGCUGCCCAAUGGGCAGACGGUUCAAGUGCAUGGAGUAAUUCAGGCUGCUCAGCCAUCAGUUAUUCAGUCUCCACAGGUCCAGACAGUUCAGAUCUCCACCAUAGCAGAAAGUGAAGAUUCACAGGAAUCAGUAGACAGUGUCACAGACUCACAGAAACGAAGAGAAAUCCUUUCCAGACGACCCUCCUACAGAAAAAUUUUGAAUGACUUGUCCUCAGACGCCCCAGGAGUGCCAAGGAUCGAAGAAGAGAAGUCUGAAGAGGAAACAGCAGCACCUGCCAUCGCCACUGUUACGGUGCCAACUCCCAUUUACCAAACCAGCAGUGGGCAGUACAUUGCUAUUACCCAAGGAGGAGCAAUACAGUUGUCUAACAAUGGCACAGAUGGAGUACAAGGUCUCCAGACGUUGACUAUGACCAAUGCAGCUGCAACCCAACCUGGCACCACCAUUUUGCAAUAUGCACAGACCACAGAUGGGCAACAGAUACUGGUACCCAGUAACCAAGUUGUUGUACAAGCUGCCUCAGGAGAUGUGCAGACUUACCAGAUUCGCACCGCCCCUACCAGCACCAUUGCACCAGGCGUAGUCAUGGCAUCCUCGCCGGCUCUUCCAACCCAGCCAGCAGAAGAGGCCGCACGGAAGAGAGAAGUGCGUCUAAUGAAGAACAGAGAGGCAGCACGUGAAUGUCGCAGGAAGAAAAAGGAGUAUGUGAAAUGUCUAGAAAAUCGAGUGGCUGUGCUUGAAAACCAAAACAAGACACUGAUUGAGGAGUUGAAAGCACUUAAGGACCUUUACUGCCACAAAUCAGAUUAAUUUUGGAUUCCCAUUUUCACUUGUCCAGGUGGGAUAGAGACUGGUUCUGGCUAUAUCCAGAAAGACAAAGUAAACUUUUUAUUUUCUAAACAUUUCUUUUUUUCUAUGCGCAAAACUGCCUGAAGCAACUACAGAAUAUACUUCAUCUGUGCUUUGCAUCAAACUGUGAAUGUUCAAGUACUUGCCUCCACUUCCCCCCCCCCACAAGAUUAUUUUCAUCAUCAAUCUCUGCGUGAAGAACAGGCUUCUUUCUCGUCUCCCCAUCCUCUUCAAGGAGUCACAGUGGUCGCUUGGGAAGUUACUGUGGGGAGAGUCCUUUUGUAAUGAUGUCAAGAAUUUGUGCUGAGCUCUUUCCAUUGCCUUAGAGACAGAACCACCCCAGCCUCUUGGUCCAGAGAACUGUGGGCCACAUCCAUGGAGCGUGCAUGAUGCAGUGAAGAAGCAUUGGUUGCCAAAUUGGUUUCCCAUAUUCAUUAUGAACUGUAAAAAUACACGGCUAAGUGACAUGCCAAAUGAAAGGCGCUUCACAGUCCUGUUCUUGGUGUGGAGAUAGCAUACAUUUUUCAAACUAGCCCAGGAGGGAUUUUGAUUUGUAAUCUGUAUUAAGCCCUCCUGGCCUAGUAAAAACUUCUCCAUACCUCAGAAACAAACCGCAUUGAAAUGAGCUUCACUGGUCGGUUGUUGCUUCUCAAAGCUUAUGUGUGUGCAAGUGUAUUCAGCAUUCUGAAUGCACAAAAAGCAGACACCAACUUCACAGGAUAUUGUUUGGGAAAUGGUAUUUGGAUAGGAAAGGUAUUCAGAAUAAAAAAAGGUACAAGAGUGGUGUUACGAAAAUAGUCACGUAGUAAGCAAGGGGUAAGACAUGAAAGCACUACCUAUUUGUGUGCAGAGCAACUAAGCAGUUGAAGCAUGGCCAACUCCACAUAGAUACUCCCUGGAGACAGUAUAGCCUGUGUCCCAAGUCCUCUCAAACACUGAGGUUAUUUCUGUUGCCCUACCACUGUCUUAUGUAAUGGAAAUUACUGUACUCAAUGGAAACAUCAGCCUGGUUUGCUGGAUCCUUUUUCAAACUUUGAGGCUGCAUUUCAUACAUAAACUAAAUUGUAGUAUAACAGCUAUAUCAGAACAACCUCAAAUAUUGAAGAGGAUUUCAGGCACAGAUAUUCCAACUUCUGCUUUGCAAGAGACAAUGUUAGUUAUUUGAACCUGGCCAGGCUAGCUAAAUUAAUUUAUUCAGAGGAUUUUUUUUCACGUAAAAGGUGAGAUUUACCGAGUAAUUUAUUCCUGUGAGUAAAGUUACUCCUGUGCCUCGGAUGUUUGCGAGAUGAUUUUUUUUGUGUGUGCACUGAGGAAAUGCGAUCUUUCCCAGAUUUGCAUUGUUAAAGAGGUAGUUUAUGUUUAAGAACAACUCUGUACUAAGCAUUAGGAAUUUAAAGGAAUCAUGGUCAAAAAGAACCACAAAAGAAUGUCAAGAAGUCAUCAUAAGAAUGUGUCCAGAAGAAUCAUGUGCAGUUUGUUUACUGGCCCUCUGAAGCUUGUCUCUUGAUAAAUCAACUUGGGUCAUUUGAUGGAGUAAGUUUACUUUGGGCUUCUGGUCAAACUUUUAUGUAUAGGGAUAAAUGAAUAAGACUGUGGUAUGUACUAAUGCCUUGCCUAGCAAAAUACUGGCUAAUAUCUUUUUUCCCAUUCACUCUACCUGGUUUUAAGACAAACUUCAAACAUGAACUUCUAAAAUGUUAUACAAUCAAUGUGACACUAUAGGAAAAACAUUUGGAAGACUGGGCAGUUGAGUCUCAAACAGUUAAGCAGUAUUAAAAAUUCUAGUUUUCUCAUUCGAGAGGGCAUUCCGUUUCCAAGAGACUUUAAAAGGAGCAGGGUUAAACUUACAGCAUUAGUGUUAAAUCUAGAGUUAUCAAUAAUUUCAAAUUGCAUUUGUAUUUCAGGAAGAGAACUUGAGUAUCGGAAUUAUUGAAGAAUUCAUUUUCAUGAGUUUUGCGGGGAUUUAUAAAUUGUCUAUUUUUAUCUGCCAUAGAGAAUUGAUUUUCAUGUUUUUAUUUAAUGGAAGAUGAAUUUAUUAGUUUAACAAUGCAAAUUUAAAGAAGACCCUAAAUUCACAGCAAUGCUUUUAUAAAAACUGUCAGAGAAUGCAAAUACAUACAGCAGUUACCAGAACUAGUGCUGAAGUAGAAAUGUUGAUAACGCAGGAGUUGUUCUUGUAAAACGAAGCUCAUGGGGGCCUAAUUUGCACAGUCUUAUGGAACGGUUCCUCCAGCUUUGAGAAACACAGAAAAGGCUGUACAUGCCUAUGUUAAGGCUAUUUCUUUUGUUUGCAAAAACUUGAGGUUUUGCAGUGAACCUGAGUGAGGCUAGCUACAAUCUGAGAGCUGUUCUCGUGGGUAAUGAGCACUGUCCAGCACUUGCUGAUGGUCACUUGGAACAAAGUCUCAGAGCUGGAUGGACCAGGGAACCUAAAACGGUACCUGGACAGGGUUCUUCUAAUACAGGGUUGGUGCAAAUUCAUGCAGCAGUAAGAGGAGAACUGUUACUGGUUUGGCUGUGCGUGGUCUGCAAGUAGUCUGUGUUACUAGUCUAGACCUCAUUAGUAACCAGUGUUUCACUAAGGAAAAAAAGAACAUUAAUUUAAAAUGCAUAGGGAUCUGCAAGAAUCUUUAUUUUUAUUUAUGCUGCACUGAGGAUUUAGGGACUUGAAUUUAUUUAAUGGAAAUUUUAAAUGACAGUAAUAAAAAUGUAUUAGACCGAGUACAGGGCUGGCUAGGGUUAUCCAUACACGCUUUACUAUUCAUGUUGACUCAAAAAGGGAAAGAACGUGACACAGGAAUCCUGUCAUACUUUAUCUACCAAGUAGUGAGGUUGGGGUAAUCAGCUUCUAUAAACUAAGGCCAUUUGGAAGUAGGACAGAAUUUAUGCUGGCAGGGGGGAGGGUUAGUUUUAUAUCUCACAGUUGUGAGUUUUCAAGAAUUGAUAGCCUGUUUUACCUGAAGAGAGGGUUAGAAAGGGCUAGAUCCAUUAUGUUCAUAAUAAACAAGAAUUGAUUUGAAAUAUAAUUUUUGUAAUGUCAUUAUUUUGCAAAACAACAGCACCAAUCAGGCAGUUAAGAUAUUGUCAGAGGUGCUCUUUUAAUUUAGAUAUUCUUGGAAAAUACAUAUGUAUAAUAUAUGUACAUAUAUAUAUAUACACACAGUAUAUAAUCUACAGCUCUGAGAGCUUUUAAGUCAGGAAUGCUGAGUAUUAUAGUAUAUGGAGGUCAGAAAAGAUUUUUACUUUUUCUGUGUGUGUCUGGGUGUGUGUGGAUGUGUGCGUGUGUGAAAGCUUCCCCCGCCCCAGUACUUCUGGGCUGCAUUAUUCGAGCGCUUAUUGCUGAUUUGUUUUGUGCUGUUUCUCAGUUACUCGUUUCCAAUAACUUCAUCUUUCAUGGCUUUCGUGAGGUUUGUUUUCGGUUUUUAAUGACGGAGAUUUUUAAAGUUAUGUAAACAGUUGUUUUACAACCACCACCACCACCCCCAGAAUAAUUCACUUUCGUGCUUUUUUUCUCUUUGGCAGCUAUAUAUCAAAGGCAAAACAAUUGGAAAGGUUGUUAAGGUGUUGUGUUUGUUUUCUAAAGGAACCACUGGUAAGAGUUCUGUCUUUCCUCAUGGGGUAGUGGCGAUGCAUUUUAAUUUAAGCAGCGAUUUCACCAGCAUCAGGUAGUUACCAGCAUCAUUGCUUGUAUCUGAAAGCACAAUUUUAGCCUGUCAUGCUCGUCAGGACUGUACAGACACCUGUAGGUUCUGACUCUUCUGUAGUUGGCGUUUGUGUUUAGACCAGUCUUCUCUGGUACUUGUACAUUGAUCAGAAAAUUGGUGGGGUGUUUGGAAUCA